CUCAUUUUUGUGCCACCCGGUUGUAAUUGCACGGUUGUCCUGCAUCGUUGCACGCGCGUAAGCUAAGCUAAGCUAAGCUACGCUACAUAAUACGGCAAGUCUAAGGUGUCUCAUCUCAUAUAGCUGUUUUUUAAGCAGAUAUCGCCAAUAUGGAGCCUAUUUUAGAGCAGCAGCGUCGCUACCAUGAGGAGUUGGAGAGAUUAAUGGAUGCCAAAACAAAGGAGAUGCUACACAAGAAAACGACGUUGCGUGACCAGAUUAAUUCUGAUCAUCGUACGCGAGCCAUGCUGGAUAGGUACAUGGAAGUGAGUGGAAACCUUAGAGAUGGAUAUGAGGACAAGGAUGGUUUGAGAAAGGAAGAGCUGAGCGCUAUAUCCGGCCCAAACGAGUUUGCUGAAUUCUAUAACCGUCUAAAACAGAUUAAGGAAUUCCACAGGAAACAUCCAAAUGAGAUCUGUGUGCCCAUGUCGGUGGAGUUUGAGGAGCUGAUGAAGGCUAGAGACAACCUCAGUGAGGAAGCACAGAAUCUGGUAGAGUUCACAGAUGAGGAAGGGUACGGCCGAUAUCUAGACCUACACGACUGCUACCUGAAGUACAUCAAUCUAAAAGGAUCAGAGAAACUGGAAUACGUCUCGUAUUUGUCAUCCUUCGAUCAGCUCUUUGAUAUCUCCAAAGACAGGAAGAACGCCGAGUAUAAAAGGUAUUUGGAGAUGCUGCUGGAUUACCUGCAGGGUUACACAGACCGAGUGAAGCCUCUGCUGGAUCAGAACGAUCUGUACGGGAAAGUGCUGAAGGAUUUUGAGAAGAAGUGGGAUAACGGCUUGUUUCCUGGCUGGCCUAAAGAGGCUAGCAGUGCUCUGACUCACGCUGGUGCUCAUCUGGACUUGUCUGCUUUCUCUUCCUGGGAGGAGUUGGCAUCACUGGGUUUGGACAGGUUAAAGUCUGCUCUCAUGGCUCUGGGUUUAAAGUGCGGGGGCACACUGGAGGAACGAGCACAGAGACUGUUUAGCACUAAAGGGAAAUCUCUGGAGUCACUGGAUCCUUCUCUGUUCGCCAAAAACCCUAAAGCCAAGGGACCAAAGAAGGACACAGAACGGAACAAGGAGAUCGGCUUCCUGGAGGCUCAGAUUUAUGAAUACGUGGAGAUUUUGGGGGAGCAGAGGCAGCUGACACAUGAGAAUGUCCAGAGGAAGCAGGCGAGGACGGGCGAGGAGCGCGAAGAGGACGACGAAGAGCAGCCUAGUGAGAGCGAGAGUGAAGACGAGGACAACGAGAUCAUCUACAAUCCCAAAAACCUGCCUCUGGGCUGGGACGGCAAGCCCAUUCCUUACUGGCUCUACAAGCUUCAUGGCCUAAACAUCAACUACAACUGUGAAAUCUGUGGGAACUACACGUACAGAGGACCUAAAGCCUUCCAGAGACACUUUGCAGAAUGGAGACAUGCACAUGGAAUGCGCUGCUUAGGCAUCCCGAACACUGCCCAUUUUGCCAACGUCACCCAGAUUGAAGACGCCGUGUCUCUUUGGUCAAAGCUGAAGUCACAGAAGGCCUUAGAGAGGUGGCAGCCGGACACAGAGGAGGAGUAUGAAGACUCCAGUGGAAACGUGGUCAACAAGAAGACCUACGAGGAUCUGAAGAGACAGGGGCUGCUGUAGAUCAGCAUUGUAAAGACACCAUUUCAGAAGGACCUGCACCUGAAAACAUUAAGGAUCCCUUAUGAUCACGUUUUUUUUUUUUCCCCAACUAUUUGUAUGUAUCUUUUGAAAAUACAUUUGUAUGUUUUUAUUAUUAGAAUAUUCUCCAUUGUGCAUUCUGUAAAAAUGAGAAAGGUAUUCAUUUCGUUAUUCAAUAAAUCCAAGAACCUUUA